AUAAGUGAGGAUUGACAUUGAGGUUGACGUCGGUGCGGAGAAAAGCAACCGGGCGGGCGAAUUCGGCGGGAGUUGCGAUGGCGACUUAUGCGAGCGAGCUGGAGGUGGCCAAGAAGAACCUGAGCGAGGCUUUGGGCGAGAACGUAAAGCAAUAUUGGGCUAAUUUGAAGCUGUGGUUUAAACAGAAGAUCAGCAAAGAGGAAUUUGACUUGGAAGCUCGGAGACUCCUCACACAAGACAAUGUCCACUCUCACAAUGACUUCCUAUUGGCCAUUCUUACACGAUGCCAAAUCCUGGUUUCUGCACCUGAGGGUGCUGGAUCUCUGCCAUGGACAGGAGGAUCUGCCACAAAACCUGGGAAGCCCAAAGGAAAGAAAAAGUUUUCUUCUGUUCGACAAAAGUUUGAUCACCGCUUCCAGCCACAGAAUCCUUUGUCUGGGGCUCAACAGUUUGUGGCCAAGGAUCCCCAAGAAGAUGAUGACCUGAAGCUCUGUUCACACACCAUGAUGCUUCCCACUUGGGGCCAACUGGAGGGAAGGAUGAUUGUCUCUGCUUAUGAACAUGGCCUGGAUAAUGUUACCGAAGAAGCAGUGACACUUGUGGUCCAUGCUGUGGAGAAACAUGUUAAAGACAUCCUUUCGUGUAUAAUAUCAAGAAGAAAAGCCUACCGCCUGAGAGAUGGUCACUUUAAAUAUGCCUUUGGAAGCAAUGUCAAUCCACAACCUUAUUUGAAGAACAGUGUUGUCGCCUACAAUAAUUUAACAGAGUGUCCGCCCACUUACUUAGUUCCCCCGCCUGGUCAUAAUGCUGCUUCCCAUCCACCAUCUGAUGAUGCUGAGCAGCAAGCAGCCCUCCUUCUUGCAUGUUCUGGAGACAUUUUGCCAGCAACUCUGCCACCUGUGAAUAUGUAUGAUCUCUUUGAAACACUUCAGAUUCAUCGAGAAGUGGUUCCUGCUCACACAGUCUAUGCCCUCAACAUUGAAAGAGUAAUCUUGAAGCUCUGGCACCCAAACCACGAGGAACAGCAGCAAGACAAAAUCCAUCGGCAGUAUUUGGCUGCGAAGGAUGGACUGUUCACGUUUUGAGACAGUAGCAGUUCUUGGCUACUAUUUCUUGGACUUGCCACUUGGGCAUUUGGACUUUGGCAUCACGUUAGUGUGCCAAUAUUUCCAGUUGAAAAAGUGGACAUCUUUCCUAUGGAAACUUGACUAAAGAAACCGGAAUGCAUCCUGUUUAAUACUACUAAACCAUGUAAUGUGGACAUUGCCUUGACUUUGGUAAGAAUCUUACUGUUUUGUUGACCCAAAGGCAACACCAUUCAUUCUGAAAAUAUCUUGUGCUAUUUGAAAAGGAAUAAACUACUUUCAUAACUACAGACACAGGUUCUUACAAGGUGCCAUGUAUUAGAAUCGCAGUAUGAGUCGCAGUCCUAGGCUGCACAUGACUAAAGAGCUGUGCUCAUUAUUGUUUGCAUUUGUUUUGUAUAAUGUGAAUUUAUAACAAAUGGGAGAAAUCCUAAUCUGUGCAAAUAAACAUUCUUGCAAGACA